AUGGCAUUUUUAAAAAUGUUCAAAUUACGUAAAAUGAGUGGAAUUAAUGUUGAAAAACCAGAUCGACCAGAAUUGGCAAAACAUGACAGUUCUAUACUAGAUUUAGCAUUUGCCAUGGAUUGUACAGGUUCAAUGGGUUCAUAUAUCGCGAGUGCAACGCAAAAUAUUCGAAGUAUUGUCGAAGAAAUUGUCAUAAGUGAAAAAUCAGAUAUUAGAUUAGCGUUAGUAGAAUAUCGCGAUCAUCCUCCACAAGAUACCUCAUUCGUCACUCGUGUCCAUGAUUUUACGACAAGAGUAAGCGAAAUGAAAGGAUGGCUAGAACAAUGUUCAGCACAAGGAGGAGGAGAUACACCCGAGGCCGUCGCAGAUGCUUUACAUGAUAUACUAAAAUUAAAUUGGAGAGAAGAAGCGACAAAAAUUUGCAUAUUGAUUUCAGACGCUCCUCCACAUGGUCUUCAUACAUCCGGUGAUACGUUUCCAAACGGCUGUCCCAAUGGAUUAGAUCCAAUCAAAACAGUGCGUGAAAUGGCUGAGAAAAGCAUCACAUUAUAUGCUGUUGGUGUUGAACCUCCAAUCGUUCCUUACCGAGAUUUCUUUAUGUCAAUCGCUUAUAUCACGGGUGGUCAGUACGUUCCAAUGCAAAAUGCCAAAUUAUUAGCUCAAGUUAUUAUUGGUGGUGUAAGAGAAGAAAUAUCGAUUGAUAAAUUGAUGCAAGAUGCCCAACAUGAUAUUGACAAAGAAAUGGAAAAAGCUGAAUUAGACGGUGUCGAUGAGCGGGAAAAAGCAACACGUAUAAAUCGAAUAUUUGCACUGAAAAAUAUGAAAGUAAAACAAAUCAAAAAUCCCACAGCAAUGUCAUCCAUAGCCAAAGAAUGUUAUUCAAAAUGUUCUGAUAUGGAUGAUUUGAAAAGAAAUUAUAAAAUGGAAUCCUCACCAACAAUACAGACUCUAUCAAAAAGUUAUGGAAAAUCGGACGUUAUGGAACCUUCGGCAGCAGCUGGUGGAGGUUAUGGUGGAUUACUAUCGAGUGUCACCGGAUGGUUCAAAAGUGGAAAAAAAGAGUCCGACGAUAUACUACCAACUACGAGUAGCGUAGAUACAAUGAAUACUGCAACUGCCGAUUUAACCUAUGAUCUAAAAGAAGAGGAAGAUGUCAGUAUCGAACAAGCAGAACGUAUUGUUCAAAAGUGGCAAAAUAGGAAAUAA